AUGUACAGUAAUAAAAGUUUCCAAAGACGUCAAAGGCAGCAAGUUGCGGAAUCUCGAUCAGAAGAAAAGUUCUCAAGAUCAUUAGUUCGACUAAAUGCACAGAGCCUUCUUGAUUCAUCUGGAAAUAAUACAACAACAAAAAAUGUGAACUCGGAUGUUGUAAUCGUUGUUAUGGAAGGACGGGGAAGCUGUGAAGGUCAUAUUGGAAUCGCCUUGCACGACACUUGUUUUCCAGAAAUUCAUUUAUGUGAAUUUGUAGAUUCAAGAGAAUACACAACAUUGAAGACAAUGAUUAAUGUUCAUGAGGCAUUUGAUAUCGUAAUCCAAAAUGGAAACGAAGAACGAGGAUCUACGAAACUUCUUGGGGAAGCUUUAAUGACUGCAUUUCCUGAAGCUUCUCUACAGUCUAUUAGUUCAAAAUAUUUUAAUUCUGAAAGAGGAGAACGACAGCUCCAGUCACUGAUGAAUGCAGAAGUUUCGACGGUUUCUGAAGGUUGCUUGCGCCGAACAUUAGCUCUUGGAGCUCUUGCAGUCUUACUGAAAUAUAUUCACGAAACUCGAUGCGUAUUCUUUCGUGUAAAAUCUCUUAGAAUCAAAGAAAUGGGAGUGAACGACACUUGUAUGAUUGAUUUUGUCUCUUGGGAAAGUUUGGAGAUCGUUGACGCCGAUGACGCAAGUAAAGCAAGAAAGUUUCAAAUGAAACAAAAAAGAACAUUGAUGUCAGUUCUGAACCAUACGGUUACGACAAAUGGUUAUCGGUUACUUCGAUCAAGCGUUCUACAACCUUCUACAGAUGUUUAUUUAAUUCAAUCUCGUCAGGAAGCAAUUGAAGAGCUUAUUGGAAAACCACAGUUGAAAGAUAAACUACGACGCACUCUAUCAAGAGCUCAUGAGCUGGAUAGAGUCAUUGCAAUGUGCAUUCAGACGUCCACAUCAUGGACUGUUCGCGAAUCGGAAGCCAAAAUCAACCAGAUUAUUAAAUUGAUGCAUACGUUGAAAGUUAUUCAGGGAAUUCGAACUCUUCUGCACUCGGCCAAAAUGAAAUCAAAUAUUUUAAUUGAAAAAACAGAAUUUCUCAAGGAUCCUCGCUUCGAUCAAAUAAUGAAUAUUCUUGUCGAAAAGGUUGAUGAUUCACUUUUGGAUGGUAAAAAGAAUUCCUUACAUCUUCAAAAUACAAAGUGCUAUGCUAUCCGGCACUUUGUAGCUGUUCAGUUGGAUUUGGCAAGACAGACUUAUGAAGAAAUAAUCAGAAAUGUUGAAGAAACUGGAGCACGAGAGAUCGCUGAAUAUUUUCAUGGUAACUCGUCGGUUCGUCUUUCUUUCUCUCAAUCACGUGGAUUCCACUACACUUUCGUGACUCGACAGGCUGAAUCUGUAACAAUUCCCAGAUAUUUCCUAGAUGUGUUCAGAAAUAGGACUACAGUCACAUUCAAUUCCAGAAAAGUUAUCGCAUAUAAUGAUCGGCUAGAGCAAGUUGUAGCUGAAAUGUUUUUGGCGAGUGAUGUAAUUGUGUGUGAUAUGAUUGAAGAAAUGCAACCAAUGAUACCUGUUCUCUAUUAUGCAAUGGAUGCUCUUUCAAGUAUUGACUUCCUAUGUGGUCUUGCAACUUAUUCGGAUCUACGUGACACAUGUAAACCUACAUUUGGACCAUCAUUUUCAAUUAGUCAAGGACGUCAUCCUAUCCUGGACUGGGAUGAUUCCGAGAAAACAAUCACAAACGAUACGUGUCUGACAAGAGAUCGUCGUUUCGGAAUUAUUACGGGUCCAAAUAUGGCUGGAAAGUCGACAUAUCUGAAACAAACUGCCCAACUGGCAAUCAUGGCACAGAUAGGAUGCUUCAUUCCAGCAAACUAUGCUUCGUUGCCAAUUUUUAAUCGUAUCUUCUCCAGAAUGGGUCAUAACGACGAGUUGAUCAGAAAUAAGUCUGCAUUUGCAUCUGAAAUGUCAGAUGCAGCUGCAAUCGUACAGUAUGCCGAUAAAAACUCACUUGUAGUUCUUGAUGAGCUAGCACGAAGCACGUCGACUGAAGAAGGCAUCGCCAUCACCUAUGCGAUUUGUGAGAAAGUUCUAAAGUUACAGAGCUAUACCUUCCUGGCUACACAUUUUCUCGAUAUUGCGGCUCUCGCCAACUAUUCAAAUGCAAUUGACAAUUAUCACUUUCUUCCACAAACUGAUGAAAAUUCGACGAAAAAGCACAAGUUGUUACGUGGACAAUAUAGAGGACCAUUAUACGGUUUCGAGCUGGUUGAACUCUCAACAAUUCCCGAUGAAGUUAUCGAGCAUGCUCAAUCACUAGCAACCGAACUUAGAGCAAAUGUCGAGGACACGGAGCGAGACUAUGACUCAGAACGCCGUAGGAUCAAAGUCUACAUGAACCAUCGUUUCAGAGAAUGUGCUGAAUAUUUUAUGGAUACGCACGGCGAGAAAUGGAAGGAAGAGAAGGAAGCUAUUGAUAAAAUGAAAGCUCUUCGAAAAUAUUUGGUCGAUGAAUUAGCCAAGAUUGACAGUCAGGAGCAAAUGUGUCAAUAAGCUUAAAUUAUAAUUUUUAUGUGUUAUCGAUAUAAUGCACCAUUUUUUCAUGUAGUUUAUCUAUAAAACUUAUAAAACAUAAAACCAAGUGACUUUAG